CAAUCAGUCCGAAACAGUUGCUUGGCUUUGUUGUUUUUUUCGUAAAUUUAUGUGAAAAUACCCAAGAAAUCAAGACAAAUUUGUGUUAGUUAUGGAGACCAGAUCCAAGGCAAGCCGCCAACAUCGAUCGUUGAUCGAGAAACUUCCAGUUGAGAUGUUGGUGGAAAUUUUCGAGUAUUUGGAUUCGUGGAGCAUUCGUCGCUGUUCAGAAGUUUGUUUGACGUUCUUUCACCUGACUUUGCGUCCAGAGUUCAGAAAAUUCUUCAAGUUGACGAUUUCAGAAGAUUAUUUGGCUUCCAAUUGUGGAAUUGGAAUGACAUUUGCUCCCGGUAAUCGCUCGAAACGAACUUUUGAUCAUCUUACAUUGGAAAGAGUUAGUUUCAAGACACUUCCAUUUGCCAAAAACUUUUUCAUGCGACUUGGAAGUGAAAUUACCGUGUUAGAAUUGAAAGAAGACUUUUUUUAUCCGCGCAUGGUAGAAAAAGGAUCAGAAACUCAAGACAGAAACUUCCGAGAAAAUAUCUUGAAAAAUUUUCCAAAUUUAAAAAAAUUAAAUUUGGACUGUGAGGAGAAUAUUCCUAUACUGAAAUAUUUUCCAGCCUCACUAAAAGAGAUAUUUGUGAACGGUCAUACAUUUUUUGAGGACUUGAAGGAAUUCAAGGAUUCACUACACGAAAACGGGGCGGUCAAUGUAAAAAGUUUGAUAUUUUCCAAAUUACAUUUGGACGAAGAUAGCGAAUUUUCGCAAGGUUUGAAAGUUUCCGAUGCAGUAAUGAACAUUCACAAUGAUCUAUCACAUUCAGAGAAUUUUCUGGGUUUUGAAAAUAAUUGGAACAUACUCGAAGAAAAAAGCUUGGAUCUGAAUGACAUUACGGGAAUAGUUUGUGAUGCAUUUCUUUCAAUCUCGUUCGAACCCCUGCUUCGGCUGCAAAACUUAAAAUCCAUUGAACUCACAGUGUUUCACAGCAGAGAAUGUUUUAUCAAUCAUCAGCAAGCAUUUCCGGAUUUUUCUCAUGUAAAGAGUUUAAAAUUGCAUUUUUAUAAAACAUCGGAUUGUGAUACUUGUACAAGGAAUAUUUUAUCGUCAUUCACUGGUUUGACCAAACUCGACCUGAACGUUAAUUUAAUGGAUGACAAAAUCCGUCUAAUUUUUGCUAAUAUGCCAGAUUUGGAACAUUUGGAAUUGCAUGGAAGAAUUCCUCGACACAUUUUCGACUCUUCCCAAUAUGCUCAGUAUUCGAUUGAACAAUUGAAGAAAUUACAGCACUUGUUGAUUUAUGACAAAAUUUCACAUGAGUCUUCAGGUCUAACAAAUAAAUGUCUUUUACGGUUUUCUUACUUGCCAAAUCUCAAAACUUUAUGUUUAAAUUGCAGAUAUAAGAAUUUUAAAACUGAUGGAAUUCGUAAUUUAAUCCAACAAUGUCCAAACGUUUCCAACUUUUGUUCUACAAAUAACACAAUUUCGGAUAAAAUGGUUCAAGAAAUGUUGCAGGGCUGGCACCAACUGACAACACUACUGUUACCAAACAAAGUAUUUGAAAAGGAAACAUGGGAAAUUGCGAAGACCAAAAGCCGUUUCUUGAGUUAUGUAGCUGUAUCCGAUGACAGAGAUUUGUCUUUUUCAGAAAAAAUGUCUUUAUUUGAAAGCAUGUCUUGUUUGAUUGCCAUCAAAAUUGGAGCUGAGGUUUUUACACGAGCCGAAUAUUGCAAUCAGGACGUCUACUUGGAUGAGUACCCUCAGAUAAAAAUGCAAUUAAAAAGGAAACAUCAAGGAACUAAAUCUAAAUCAAACAAGCGACCAUGUACUCACGAACUUUAUUGCCUUCCAUUAGUGGCGAAAUUUGAAGAUAUGGACGAUGAUUAAGAAAAGUUUGAAGAAUAAGAAGCAGAAGAUUCAACGGAUGAAGAAGCAACGGAUAAUUUUUAUUUUAGUUCUUUUUUUUUUAAUGUACUUACCUAACUUUCGUGCCAAUAUAUCAUUAA